GUGCGGACGAGGACGUGUAGACAGUCCUGGGGGUGCGGAGACAGGGGCGAAAGACAGGAUGGGGGAGUGCAUAUGAGAGUGAGGAGGGUGGGACAGAUGAGGAAGCUCUUGAAUGAGGACGCUGGCGCGUCGGACUGCGCCCGGCGACGCAGCGGCGAGGAGAAGGGGGAGGGGGUGUCUUACAGGUCUGGAGUCGGAUGCAGGACGCGCAGUUUACGGUUUGUGUAGAUGCUGGUCACGAUGGAGCGGUUGGUGGUGCGUGGAGGAGGAUGUGGUGGUGAGGGUGGAGGAUGGAAGAGGUGAGGUUGUCGCGAGUCAAGAAGCGCGGGACAUUCUUUGUGUUAUGUAUUACAUACACACCGCUAGACCCCCUGCGCCAAUCAUUCGCGAGCUAGACAGUCUUUGCUGGACGGAACACCACCCUAGUAAUACAUUCUGCCGCCCCAAGACCCCUGCAGACGCCCUGUGAGGCUGAACAAGCCAUAUGCUGCCUCCAAGACCCUCCAAGGCCCUCCAGAAACCUCCAAGACCCUCCUAGCCUGCAUGCAUCCGUCAAGC